CUCCUCCUUCGCGGCGGCACCGCCCCUGUUCCUGCGGCGGGUGACACCCGACAGUUGGAACGUGAUGGCGGACCCUCCGGCGUCUCUCUCGGGACAGGACGUAGGGUCAUUUGCAUAUCUUACAAUAAAAGACAGAAUACCACAGAUCUUAACUAAGGCUAUUGACACAUUGCAUCGGCAUAAAAGUGAAUUUUUUGAAAAACAUGGAGAGGAAGGCAUGGAAGCUGAAAAGAAAGCGAUUUCUCUUCUUUCAAAAUUACGGAAUGAGUUGCAAACAGAUAAACCAAUUAUCCCCUUGGUUGAGAAAUUUGUUGACACUGACAUAUGGAAUCAGUACCUAGAAUAUCAACAGAGUCUUUUGAAUGAAACUGAUGGAAAACCAAGGUGGUUCCACUCACCGUGGUUGUUUGUAGAAUGCUACAUGUAUCGUAGAAUUCACGAAGCGAUUAUCCAGAGUCCACCAAUCGAUGACUUUGAUGUAUUUAAAGAAUCAAAAGACCAAAAUUUCUUUGAGUCACAGGAAUCUAUCAUUGUUUUAUGUACUCAUCUGCAGCAGUUGAUGAAAACUCUUGAAGACCUAGAUGAAAAUCAGCUGAAAAAUGAGUUUUUUAAACUUCUGCAGAUUUCACUGUGGGGAAAUAAGUGUGAUCUGUCUCUAUCAGGUGGGGAAAGUCAUUCUCAGGAGAUCAAUUUAAUAAAUUCUUUGGAAGACUUCAAACCUUUCAUUUUAGUGAAUGACAUGGAACAUCUCUGGGCAUUGCUUAGCAGCUGCAAGAACACAAGAGGAAAAGCCUCUGUUACUAGAGUGGACAUUGUUCUGGAUAAUUCUGGAUUUGAACUUGUUACAGAUUUAAUAUUAGCAGACUUCUUGUUGUCCUCUAAACUGGCUACUGAGAUCCAUUUCCACGGAAAAACUAUUCCAUGGUUUGUUUCUGAUACUACUGUACAUGAUUUUAAUUGGUUAAUUGAACAAGUGAAACAUUGUAAUCAUAAGUGGAUGUCAAAGUGUGGGGUCGACUGGGAAAAUUAUAUUAAAACAGGUAGAUGGCAUUACCAUGAUCAUAUAUUUUGGACUUUGCCUCACGAAUACUGUGCAAUGUCUCGGGUUGCUCCUGACUUAUAUGCUGAACUACAAAAGGCACAUUUAAUUUUAUUUAAGGGUGAUUUGAAUUAUAGGAAGUUGACAGGUGACAGAAAAUGGGAGUUUACCAUUCCAUUUCAUCAGGCUCUGAGUGGCUUCCAUCCUGCACCUCUCUGCAGCAUAAGAACAUUAAAAGCUGAGGUUCAGGUUGGUCUGCAGCCUGGGCAAGGUGAGCAGCUCACGGCUUCUGAGCCCAACUGGCUGACCACCGGGAAAUACGGAGUGUUUCAGUUCAGUGGUCCACUUUGACUCUGUUUAGGAGCUCUCAGCUGUGUAGAAAGAUCAGACAAGCACCUCUUUAUCCCCAAGAAAGCAGUGUGUGAAUGCAGUCCCGUGGCUGCCCUGCAUUAGCUCUCAGAAGCUGAGCUUCUCCAUGCUCUUUUACAUACACUCUGUGUGAUUCCUCUUCUGAACACUUUGCCCACUACAUUGUUUUGGGGAUAGAUAAUUUGAGCUAGUUACAGAUAUUUACAUUUAUGUUGGAAUUUUAGUAACUUAUUUCACACGAAUGUGUAAUUUUAAAUGGUUUUAAUGAACUUAUUUUUCAUUGGGUAGAAAGCGUAAAAUAUAAGUGAAUUCUGCUUUUAAAGUUAGUUAACCCUAUUUUUUUCUUAAAUGGUAUAUUGCAUGGUAUUUAAUAUUCCAGGAAGCAUGGAAUUUUAUUUAACUUAAUGGAGCUCUUGAAAUAAUGACUCCAUGAAAAUAUACAUUUUAAUGACUCUUUGUAAGGAGAAGCAUUUCUUACACCUGAAACUGUGAUAUUAGAACACAUUAAAAUGAAACUUACCUCGUAAGUUAAUUCUAACUUUUGCUCUUGAAUUUUCUUUUAUUUCAGUAGCUUGGUUUAUUUGCAUGCAUUUGUACUUUGAUCUAUGGAAUGAAUGUUAGAAAACACAAAAUUGAACAGAGUGAAACAAAUGAUAUUUGAAGAAAUGUAAUGUCUUUUACAUCCUAUUUAUGAUAUCAGCUGAAAUCAUAAUCAACCAAAAUUAUUAUUUUACCACAGAAGUGUUUCACAUAAACAGAUUUUUAGUUUGCAGUUUUCAAAAAAUACUUUAGAUAGAAAAGAUUCUUAUGCAAUGAAUUUAGAGUACUACCAACAAUUAAUUUACUUUUUAUAUUCUUAACAUUUUGUUGGUUGUCACCACAGAUAUUAAAGACUAAAAAUUUCAGGUCAGUUUGUUUGGAAAUUGAAAUUGGAAAUAAAUCUAGAAAUGUUUUCUUGCACUAGAAUAAUAAAAUGAAUUGUACUGAAAAUCUCUUUGGUUUUAUUUUCCAGUUGGGAAAAGUCAAGAAGGCAAGAUUAAAAAUGAGAUCUAUAUAGUAAAUUCAUAAUGUCUGUUAGAGAUGUUGCCAAAAGCAGUUACUAAAUAAUGUCACUUAUAAAUGAGGGAAUAAUCUAAA